CAGCCAACUUCCCCUUCUACUUUCGGUGUUGUUUCAUGUGACUUUUUCAACAUUAGCUCAAUUUUUAAGCAGAUGGCAUUUGCUGUUCACUUGUUCCUCCUUUGUGGCAUCAAUGGACUAUUGACUGGAGUUUGGUCUUUUCCUGUACACCAUUGGAAAAACAUUAACUGUCCUAGCGCAGAUUGGGUUCAGGUGGACUGUUAUUGUUUCCUCUACCAAGACAGCACAGCGAAUUUUGCAGAUGCAGAGGCUGCUUGCAUUGCUUUAGAGGCUAACCUUGCCUCUAUCCGCAACAAUGUGGAAAAUGCGAUCAUUCGUCAACUGCUUGUCAAUGAUACUGCAACGAAAGCCUGGAUUGGACUCCAUGAUGCAAUUCAGGAUGGUGACUUUAUAUGGACUGAUGGCUCAUUUGAUAAUUUCCGGAACUUUGAUUCCAUGAAUUCGGAGCCUGAUAACUCUGGUGAUUGUGUAGAAAUAAACGAUGACGGACUUUGGCAGGAUGAAAACUGUACAACCCUAAACACAUAUGUUUGCCUCCAAAAUUUGUGCAAUGGCGGAAAUCGUGACAAUCCAGACAAUUGUUCUGAGGGACCAACAACCACCACCCUAACUCUUCGUAUUCAUAUGGUUAAAUCUUUGUAUAUGAAUAAAAUUGGAUGCAAAAUUGUGCUGUUCACAUACGUGAGUCUGAGAAACUGUUUGGGUUGGAAGUGUUUUAAUGUCAAGUGAGACUAAAAGCUGUGA